AUGGCGGCUCCCACUCACCGUCGCGUUCGCGCCGCCCUCGUCUCUACGCCUGCCACGUGUUCCGACUCCCAAUCCCUCGCCUCGUCGCUCUUGACUCUCCCCACUCGCCGUGUGUACGCGGAAGACGGCACUCACCGCGCCCAUCCCGCUCCCCGCAAACCACUCCCCGCCAAGCCCGCUUCCGCCCCGCCCACCUCCUACAUCCGCGCAAUCACCGCGAGAAGCCGCGCAACGCGAAGUGGCAGCAACAGUAGCGUUGACGGCGGCGGCGGCGGCGGCGGUUUGACGGAGCAACGCGCGAUUGUUGAGGCGCCACAGACGGCGGAGGCGGCGGCGUGGGACGCGUAUGACUCGGCGUUCGAAAGCGUUCUCGCGAGCAUGUGGGACGAUGUGCGCAGUGAUGCGAGAAUCGAGACUAGCGGCGGAACCUGGAAGAGUGAAGGAAUCGGGACUCGUGCCAGAGAGGCGGAGAGGCAUAGCGACGGCGAGUGCGACCACGAGGGUGGCGGCAUGGGGAGGGCGGGUGACCGCGUGAGUGACGCGCAGGGGCGGGACGAGGGGAAUGCGCGCGGGGUGGAGGCUCUUGGUGAAGUCAGGCUAGAGGCUGGCGGAGCAGGACCGGGCGCUGGUGCUGAUAGCUCGCGCACACGGGAGCCUCCCGGGGGGAGCAGCGCAGCAUGCGGUGAUCUCGCCGUGCCAGUUGCUGUGUGUGCGUGCUGUCAGGAUGGACAGUACGACGGGGAGGAAUCGACCUCUCGCCCAACAAACGACCACGAAGGCUCCCACGAUGGUGUCCGCGACAGCGUCCGCGAAGGCCAUUGCGACCACGACGAAGAUGGCGACUCUUCCCUCUGCGACGAGCCUCUGCCGCUCUCCACGCUCCCCCAAGGCUGCCACUGGCCGCUCUCCCACCUCCCUCCUCCUCCCUCGCUCAUUGAGCUUACUCCUCCGUCUGCUUCCCCUGCUUCGUCUGCCUCACCUGUUGCUUCUGCUUCCCCUACUUCUCCUGUUACCACUGCAACAGCAGCCAGCAGCCCCUUCUUUCGCGCUCUCUUCAGUGAAUCACCCGUGCCUGACUUGGAGCAACCGCUGGGGCGCUCUCCUGAUUUCCCAGAAGGAGCAUUUCCGGCGCUCAUGCCAUGCAGUUCCCUGCCUUGCAGCCCACUUCCCUACAGCCCCAUGGCUAACAGUCCUCCCCCGUGGCCCAGCAACGGCCGGCUGAGCCCUGCAAGCAGCCUCUUACUGCUGGAUACUCUCAUCCAGACGCCCACGCGCCUAGACAGCCGGAGCAGCUCUCAUUACUCGGAGCAGCGGUGGGACGGCCAGUGGCACAGAGAGGCCUGGAGAAGUAACAGCGACAGCACGGAUCUGUGCCGCAGCAGCAGCAGCAGCAGCAGCAGCAGCAGCAGCAGCAGCAGCAGCAGCAACAACAACAACAACGGCGACAGCUCCAGCGGGACUGUGGGAAUUGGCGAAGAUCAGGAGGAGGAUCUCGCGGCAAUGGCGUACAGAGGUGGAAACCGGUUGAGAGGGGUAGACGCCCCACUUCUCCCUGCGUCUUCUCCUUAUUCCCCUUCUUCUACUUCUGCUGGCGGAGGAGGAGGAGGAGCAGGGCUUGGGUGGCUGCUACCCACAGAUACCCUGGAUUACAUGGCUCAGGUGCAGAGCAGCAUGCAGCGCGAGUUGCACUCGUGGCUGGACGGACUAGGAGAACGCACCAAGGGCCUGCGGGAAGACAUGCAGGAGCAGUUUGGGCGCAUGAAAGAGGAAAUGGCGGUGACUUUCAAUGUUCUAGAGGAGGAGAUCCAGGAGAUGGUGGAUGAGCUUGAAGAUGAAGGGUUGUUACCUGAUUGGACUAAGAUGUUUGAUGAUGAUGGGGGUGGGGAGGAUGAGGAGUGGGAGGAGCUGGUGAGUGGACGGGGAAGCCGGCGGGGUGGGGCGGAGCGGGAGGAGGAGGAGAAGCGGCGGUUUCUGCAGAAGGUGAUGCUGGCUCAGCGCGUGUAUUUUGAUAUUCAUGGGGAGGUGGUGCGGCGUGUGCAGGUGAGGGAGAGGAAUGCCGGUGCUGGUGGUGCUGGUGGUGGUGCGGUCAAGGCAAGCAGGAAUGGACCUGCGUGUAUUCCGGUGACCACUAAACGCAUGGAGGGUGCUGCUGUGGUGUUCUAG